GACGGCACGGUGGCGGCGCCGCGCUGGGCACUGUCCCUCUGGAGGGCGAGCGCUGCUGGGUGGCGGUCGGGCGAGGCCAGGGCUGUGACCUCCACACCCCCUUCCCCCGAGGCCCGCACGUCAGCGUGAGCUGUGUGACGCGCGGUUUCUGCGCAGAGUCCAGGUGGUGGUUGAGCUCCACUCAGGUGCUCGCCUCAGAAGAUGAGCACACUCACCUCCGAGCUCUGAAGUCACUCAGGCCGUUGCUUUAGCCCGUUAAGAUAGAAAGUGACCUGCGGCCUCGGAGGAGCUGGGUUUGCUUCUCUCUUCUGAUACUCUUCCCUUUUCUUUCUGAAGAUUUCGGGCUGAGGCCUUCUUUGGUGGAGGAGAAGGAGGCUGGCCUGGAGCGCGGCAGUGCGACUUGUCCAAAAACAGCACCAAUUACCACUCUCGUCUUGGUUCAGGAAUCUUCUCGACAGCGUUUUCCGUGGCAUCAGCAGGUGUGCCGCCCAGCGGGGCCCACCUGGCUGCGAGUCCAGGGCAGCCGGCCCUCUGAACCCCAGUGUCAAACCAGCGGCGAACCAGAGCGUGUGGAAACAGCUUUGACAGUUAAGAUGCGGGAGCACUUUAGGAAAUGUUUGAUCAUGCUUCCAAAGCUACUGGAGGCCCAGUGGGCUUCUUCCUUUUUAAUUUUAAAGAAAGCCCUAUUAUGAGAAACAAAGAACUGUUAUCAGAGUAUUGAGCAGAUUCCUCUUGGCUCAGUCCAGAAACGCGACCCAGACACUCCUUUCUGUUCUGAAGCAGCUGUGCCAGGAGCCCUGGGGCCCGCGCCAGCCCUGCAGCGUGUUAACAGCCUCGCUUUACAGACUGCCUCCGUUUGCCCAGGCUCCUGGGCGUGCCGUUCGAGCUCUUGCCGAACUGACGGGGACCCGGACCGUCACUUAACCCUUACACCUUCCUCGGAAGGACGCAGGGAGAGCUAACAGGGCGGCUUUUGUCAUCUGCCCGGAAGAGCAGGGGCCCGGAGGACACCUGCUUUGAGUUCGGGGUCUUUCCUGCCAUCCUCAGUUUCCCGCUUGAUUACCCGUUAAGUCCUCCAAAGAUGCGAUUUACCUGUGAGAUGUUCCACCCCAACAUCUACCCCGACGGCAGAGUCUGCAUCUCCAUCCUGCACGCCCCCGGCGACGACCCCAUGGGCUACGAGAGCAGCGCCGAGCGGUGGAGCCCCGUGCAGAGCGUGGAGAAGAUCCUGCUGUCGGUGAGCCCAACGAUGAGAGCGGGGCCAACGUGGACGCCUCUAAAAUGUGGCGGGAUGACCGGGAGCAGUUUUACAAGGUUGCCAAGCAGAUCGUGCAGAAGUCGCUGGGGCUCUGAGCCACGCACUGUGCCCGCACCUGCGUGCACACACACCGCCAGGUGGUUUCCGGUGUCCUCCUCUGGAACGCUUAGUGACAGUGACACUCUGUGCUGGUACCAAAAAAGGCAAGCUUGCAGAACCACAGCAUCUAUUUUUUUCCCACCUUUCCUGCCCCAAACAGGCUUCUCUUCUGAAAUUACGACCUGAGGACGGUGACAGCUGGGUGUGGCGAGGCGUGCCAGGAGUGGUGCAGGGAGCCAUCACCACCGCCUCUCCCAGCUGUCGCGCCCACACACCCAGCAGUUGGUGGCCUCCCUCCCUCCCACAGUGUGAGGGUGGAUGCGCCGGCCCCCUGGGGGCUGGAACCAGCAACGUCCUCCCCGAGACGGGGGCCUGUAGCCCCGGCAGAAGGUGGCAGCCGGGACGUGUCUGGGGCCCCCCCUGGUUCCCUGGCCCCCACGAGGGGCAUGGAACCCUGUUUCAGUACUUCGUUUUACAAGCGGGUUUUUUCUUACCAUCUAGUCACCUCUUUUCAUUUGUUGUGUAUUAAAAAUACCACAUUUAGAAAUACUUUGAGGAAAUGAACACUUUUUUAAAACGUGGAUUAAUGAAAAAUGGGGUUCACUUAGAAAAGAAGUUUCCCGCUGGUCACAAAGACCGGCGUUUCCCUGCUGGUGUUGGUCAAAGGUGACACUUCUGCUUCUGUCACCGGCACGUCCCCAGAGGCGCGCCCCCAGGGCCGGAGCGUGUGAGACAGAUUUUAGUCCAGGUUUCUUCUGGGUCUGCCAGAGUUUUCUUCCAGCCAAAAAACUGGGAAGUUCCGAGCUCUCGUGCGUGGCAGCUGCGGCAGGAACUUCAACAAUUGGGACAAAACCGUUCUUCCCAGCUUGGGGUGGGAAGGGAGUCCCCCGUCAGCUCGGAGCACAGAGGCGCGCCGUAUCCCGACCUGGACCGCCGCUGCCGCUCGUGGACGUGCGUGGAUGUGCGUGGACGCGCGGCGCGCAUGCCGGCCCGGGGUGGGGAUCUGGGUGCGGUCUGGGCGUCCUCUGGUGUGGGCAGCUCGGCCCCACGCUGGGGUCUGUUACAAGCAAUAACAGAUGUGUUGCCUGCAGACUCUUAACAGCUUAAAUUUCAUAGGAGUUUCUAUUUUUGAAGUAAGGGACGGU